AUGGCCCCCCUGGUGGUCACUAUCUUCGUGCUGAGCUGCGUGUGCGCGGUACCCCUGCACCUCCAGGUGGACCACCGCCAGGUGGACCCCUUGACCGUGCCCCGCGCCAACCCGCAGUGCUGGGACUCGGCUUCGGCUCUGCUCCUGGAGAUGCGCUCGCCCAGGCUGGCCGACACGGUGCCAGAGUUUUGGGACCUGAUGGUGAUCCUCCGGACGUCGGACGAUGACAAACACGCCACGCUCUUCUGGGACCUGGCGCGGGUCUUCUGGGAACUCUACUUGGACUGUGUCAUGUCCAGGAGCCACGGCCUCGGACGCCGGCAUGUCACCAGCGUGCACUCGCUCACCACGGACAGAUAG